AUGGGUGUAACAUCAGUAGCUAACUAUCUCUCAUUGUUGGAAGAGGAUCAAUCUGAACUUCAAUCGUUUGCAUUGGACAAGUUGAAUGCAAGUAUCGAUGAGUUUUGGCCAGAGGUUGCUUCGUCCAUCAAUAAAAUUAAAAAGCUAUCAGAUCAAAAAUCAUUCUCACAACAUGAACUCGCCAGUUUAAUCUUAUCGAAAGUAUAUUACCAUCUUGGUGAUUUUAAUAAUUCAAUGGCUGCCGCUUUGUCAUCUGGUUCAUUGUUCAACGUAUUAUUAAAGAGUGAAUAUGUUGAAACUUUAUUAUAUAAAUUCAUUGAUGAAUAUAUUAAAGUAAAGAAUGAGAAUAAACCAGUAGAUCCAAGAUUAGAGUCAAUCGUAAUGGGAAUGUUUGAUAGAUGUUUUAAGGAAGGAUCCUAUAAACAAGCAUUGGGUAUUGCUAUUGAGGCAAGAAGAUUGGAUAUCAUUGAAAAGGCAAUUGCAGAUUCAUCGAAUGUACAAGGAAUGCUCACAUACUGUCUUAACAUUUGCAAUACGAUCGUAUCGAAUCGUGCAUUCCGUCAAUCAGUGUUGAACAUCCUCGUCAAACUCUACCUCACUCUCGAGAAGCCAGAUUUUGUCAGCAUCACCCAAUGUCUUAUAUUCUUGGAUGAUGCUCAUGAAAUUGCUACCAUCCUGUUGAAUUUAAUUAAGAAAGAUGAUAAUUCAGUAUUGUUAGCAUAUCAAUUGGCAUUUGAUUUGUUCCAAAAUGGUACACAACAGUUUUUGGCAAAUAUUAGAAAGUUGUUGCCAGCAGCAGCUGCUGCCGCUACCCAAUCCAGUGGUGAGGGUGCAAACAAAGAAGGUACAAUCGCAGCUGACAAAAUGCAAAUCGAUGGUGACAAUAAUAACAAUAACAACAAACAACAAGACGACAGUUUCGCUGCAAGAUUAGAAAGAUUAAGAUCGAUUCUAUCUGGUGAGCAAUCGAUUUCAUUAUAUUUAGAAUUCCUAUAUAGACAUUGUAAUACUGAUUUACAUGUAUUACAAAUUAUGAAGGCUGUUAGUGAAUUACACAAAGGAGCAAUCUUUUAUACUGGAACAUUGUUUGCCAAUGCAAUUAUGCAUGCAGGUACCACCAAAGAUACCUAUUUGAGAGAGAAUCUAGAGUGGUUGUCAAAGGCUACUCAUUGGACAAAGUUCACUGCCACCGCUAGUUUGGGUGUUAUCAAUCGUGGUCAGAUCAAGGACAGCAAGAUUCUAUUGAAGUCCUACCUACCGGGACCAACUGUAAAUGCCACACCAUACUCAGAGUCUGGUGCUUUGUAUGCCCUCGGUCUCAUCCAUGCCGGUCACGGUGAGGACGUCUCUUCCUAUCUCUUGGAGAAGCUACAUUUGAACAAUGUGAUCCUUCAUCACGGUGCAUCGCUUGGUCUCGGUUUGGCCUCGAUGGCAACUUGCAACGAUGAGAUCUAUGAAGAGCUCAAGGGUAUUCUCUAUCACGACGAUGCCAUCAGUGGUGAAGGUGCCGGUAUUGCAAUGGGUCUUGUAAUGUUGGGUAGCGGUUCUCCAAAGGCUAUCGAUGAAAUGUUGGCAUAUGCCCACGAGACUCAACACGAAAAGAUUAUCAGAUCACUCGCCAUGGGUCUUGCCUUCUUAAUGUACGGAAAAGAAGAAGCUGCCGAUACUUUAAUUGAACAAUUAAUUACUGAUAAAGAUCCACUUUUAAGAUAUGGUGGUAUGUAUUGUAUUGCUAUGGCCUAUUGUGGAACUGGAAAUAAUGAUGCUUUGAGAAAAUUGUUACAUUAUGCCGUUAGUGAUGGUAACGACUCGGUAAGAAGAGCUUCAGUUACAUGUAUUGGUUUUGUUUUGUCAAAGCAACCAGAGAAGUGUCCAAAGACCGUGUUGUUGUUGAGUGAGUCCUACAAUCCACACGUUAGAUAUGGAUCUGCUUUGGCUCUCGGUAUUGCAUGUGCUGGUACUGGAAAUCGUGAGGCACUCGAUAUCUUAAAGUCAUUGACCACCGAUACUGUUGGUUUGGUCAGACAGGGUGCCUGGAUUGCCAUUGCCAUGAUCUUGAUCCAAUCGACCAAAGAACAAUACUCAGAGACCGAAGCAUUCCGCAAGCAGAUGAUCACCUGUAUCAGUGAUAAGCGUGAGGAUGCCAUGUCCAAGUACGGUGCCAUCCUCGGCCACGGUAUUAUCGAUGCCGGUGGUCGUAAUACCACCAUCUCACUGUUCUCGCCAAGUGGACAAAAGAAUAUGCAUGCUAUCGUUGGUAUUGCCGGAUUCCUCCAAUUCUGGUACUGGUACCCAAUGACACACUUCUUUGGUUUGGCAUUGACACCAACCGCCAUCAUCGGUGUCAACAAGAACCUCGAGAUGCCAGCUUUCAGCUUCAAAUCCAAUUGUAAACCAUCUUUAUUCGCAUAUCCACCAGACACCAAGCCAUCGACCUCCAACCAACCAUCCAAGAUUGAAACUGCUAUUCUCUCGGUUUCUCGUAAGAACAAACUGCAAUCGAGUCGUUCGUCCACCAACGUUGCAGCAGAGAUCGAAAAGGAAAAGAAAGAGAAGGAGCAAAAGGAGAAGGAAGAGAAGGAACAGAAAGAGAAAGAAGAGAAAGAGGCCAAGGAAAAGGAACCAUUGUUUGAUAGAAAACAAAAUCCAGCAAGAAUCACACCAAAGCAAUUGCAAUACGUUGUUUUCGAUGAAACCAGAUACACUCCAAUCAAGAAGAUUCAAUCAAUAGGUGUAGUCGUUCUAAGAGAUAAUAACCCAGAAGAACCAGAGCAAUUGGUCGUCAAAGAGAAACCCGCUGUAAAAUCACCAGUUACCACCUCCAAAGGUCAAAAGGCCGUUUUAGAAGAACCAAAGACACCCCAACCAUUCGAAUUUACCGAUUAA